CCGUGGAAUCCGGUGAUGGAACAAUGCUGCCCCCUCCGCCAGGAUUCUUACGGCCAAAGAGGGGAGCUGAGGCUGAGGGAGCGGACGCCUCCCGGGGAAAGGGUCCCCAGGAUGAUUAUUUCCACGUGGGCGGUGUACAUCUUAUUCCGUAAAUGCAUUGGCCACCGGUUCCCAUCCAGCAGGGCUACGGACAUGGAAGUUAUGGAGACCGAGAUGCUGUCUGUGCUCGAGCACUGGCUGAGGAAGAUUGAAGAAGAAGCAUCUAAGAUCUUUAGGCAGAAACUGGAAAACAAGGCGGAAACCACAGUAGAAACCAAAGCGACCUCUACUGCUGGCCAAGAUUUGGGAACAAUGAAGUCACAGACCAUUCAAGUCUCUAGCACAAGCCUGCCAGUGUCCUCAUCCAGCCACAGUCUUCUGGAGGAGAGGACAAAUAUCCAGCUCAUAAGAUGGAGUCACACCCGGAUCUAUCGGGUAUCAAGCGAGAUCAGAAACGAAGCCAUGCGGGAGAGGCUGGAAAAAGUACGCAACAGCGUGUCCCAGGUCAUGCUCCAAGCAAUGCAGAACAACAGGUCGAACACGGAUAUCCGAGCCACAGUUUCAAGCUAAAUAUAACAGAGAUGUGUCCAGUCUGGGCCUCCCACUGCCGAGAUGGGCUGCAUUGGAAAAUUUUUCCUCCAACCCUUUCUGAGCAAGUCUGGCAAAAGUAUUGUAUUGUUAUGACAACGGCCUUACACCUCCUCUUUUGUACACCCGAGAUGGUCAUUAAAGACGCUUGUUAUGUAGAA